AUGCCCGUGCACUCGGGCUACACCGGCGUUCUCAGCGGCGUGAUCGACUGCGCUGUGUGCCACGCCUGCCUGGGCCUGAACGACACCCCGGCGCCGCUGGUGAACGCCUCGGGCGCGCUGGACGAGGCCGGCCUGUUCGGGAGCAUGGACGCCGCGGAGACGGCAGCCGUGCUGUGGCCGCUGUCCUACCACCGCUCCCUGGGCGAGCAGGCGCUGCGCCGGUACGCGCGGCUCCAGUUCGGCCCCUACUUCGCGGUGCUCCUGGACCGCAUGCAGGCGGCGGUGGAGGCGGCGGGCGAGCCUGGCGGGCUGCCCGUGCUGUACGUGCAGGUGAUGAGCGACACCAAUGUGCUGCCGCACUGGUCCUCCUGGGGCUGGACCGCGAUGCGGCCGUCCGGCCGCCCUGGCUGGCGACCCUCGUCACCGAGCUGUGGAGGCACCAGAGCGGCGCCUUCGGCGUCCGCGUGCUCUACAACGGGGCGGUGCGGCGCCCCUGCGCCGGCCAGGAUGGCCCGAUCUGCCCCUGGGCCGAGUUCCGGGAGAAACUCCUGGAGCUGGUGCCCGACAGGAGCUCCUGCCCGCGCUUCUUCGACCACUUCCGCUUCAGGUCGAGCUUCGUGGCCCCGAGCCGUCCGUCCGCGUGACCGCUUACGCUUCCUCUCCCUCACCCUCCGUUCCCAGUCCCCGUGCCCCUCCCCCUCCUUCCCGUCCCCCUCCAGUCGGGCGAA